AUGGGUCUCCUCCCGAUUUUAUUCGUCUAUUUAUAUAUUUCCUUUGCUUCCACACAACAAAUCGAGGAUGGAUAUGACUCGGAUGCCUAUGAAACGAUUCAAGUUGUGCCCUAUGUUUCGGGGGUUCGACUAGAGAACAUACCGGAUGAGGAGCCGGCUUUUCUCGGGCACACUAAAAUUGGUGAAACGAUCGUCGAGCCGGACACCCUGGCCACAGUGGUUUUGUUCGGGUAUUGGAUGGACAAGAUUGAAUACGUGACAUUCACUGAUUCAAACUGUAUCACUUCCGAGUUUAACAUCAGCAACAAGCAAUUCGAGCAACAAACGGAUAAAAGAAUCGAGAUUCGAAUGAAGUUUCCAAAUAUUGAACCCUCUUGGCGAAUGUGUAUCAAGCAGAAAGGAGUCAAUGGGGAAUUGUUGAUGGUAGAAGGCGUGCACACUUACAUCACCACCUCAGCCACCAUUCGUACUCAUUACAUGCCGUUUUACCUUCAAUGCUCCAUCCUUUUUGUUCUCCUUCUGAUGUCGGCUCUUUUCUCUGGUUUAAAUCUCGGAUUGAUGAGUUUAUCCCUCAACGAGUUGCAGCUUUUGAUAACAUGUGGAUCAAAGUCCGAGCGUCGGUACGCGAAAAAAAUCCUACCGGUCAGAAGACAAGGGAAUCAACUGCUUUGCACGAUUCUCUUGAUGAAUGUUGUGGUAAACGCCUCAAUCUCAAUUCUCUUCGAAGACUUAACUUCGGGAACAAUUGCUUUCUUGACCUCGUCUGCUGGCAUUGUGAUCUUUGGCGAGAUUUGUCCGCAAAGCAUUUGUGUCAAAGAAGGCCUUGCUGUGGGCGCUCGCACGCUUUUCUUGACCCGUUUCUUCAUGUUCAUCACUUUCCCAUUAGCCUAUCCAAUUAGUAAAAUCCUCGACUUUUUACUUGGAGAAGAAGUGGACAAAUUCGAUCGCUCGAGACUUUUGGAGUUGAUGAAAAUGAGCAGUGCAGAGUCGAAUGAACUUUCGGCUGACCUAAAAAUCGUUGUCGGUGCGAUGGAGUUAUCAAAUAAGAAAGUGAAAGAGGUGAUGACAAAAAUUGAAGACACAUUCAUGCUAUCAAGCGAAACAAUUCUCAACUCAAUCACAAUAACGGAAAUUGCUGAAAAGGGAUAUACACGGAUCCCGAUCUACGAGGGAACUGAUAAGAAUAAGAUAAUCUCUUUAUUGUACGUGAAAGACCUGGCGCUGGUGAACAAGAAUGCGAAUAUCAGUGUGGCUACGAUCGGGAAUCGGUCGAGAGUGAGAAUUGUCGGUGAAAAUACGCCACUCACACAAAUGUUGACCGAAUUUAAGCGGGGUGACUACCAUUUGGCUAUUGUGAAACGGGGAGAACUCGACGAAGAGAGUGUUGAGAAUGGUUUACCAAUUGUUUCCUUUGAUAAGGAAGAAACCGUGAACCUCGUCGAAUCGGUCGACAAGAAAAUGGAGGUGAUUGGAGUGAUCACGUUGGAGGAUAUUCUUGAGGAGAUUCUACAGGCCGAGAUCAAUGAUGAGAGCGACGCGGUCACCGAUAACGUGCAACGACACAGACGACGCUCAAAGGUGAGUCGUGAAUACCACAGCCUCUUGGGGAAAGAGAAGCAAUCCGAGCCACUCUCCAUACAUACAAAGAUAGUUCUCUGCAAAUAUCUCCGGGAUCACCAUCCGAUUUUCUCAAGUGAAUGUCUCGAGCAAAGAGCUUUGGAGAUGAUGAUUGAAAAGAAUGUGAGAAAGUUCGUCUUUUUUGAAGCCGGUGUCAUCAGCAAGAGAGUGAUCAUCAUCAUUGAGGGAAAUGCGCAAGUUCUUUUUCCAAAGAACAACAUGACUCUCACAGCUGAUGCGUGGAUUUCCCUUGGUGACAUCAUUUUCCACAAACUCGAGCAAGCGAUUCUGCAAGGGGGAAAUGAAACGAAUACAUCCAUUCAUUUUGUGCCCGACUUUACGGUCACUGUCGAGAAAUAUUGUAAAUUCGUUCAACUGCCGAUCACCUCACUUUAUCAUGCUUUGAAAGUAUCAAGGAUGCUCAGAGCUAUCAAAUCAAGCAGCUCAACAGCCGCCUCCUCUCGUUCCCCAUCGAUCUCCGAAUUCUCGAAAAGCUCGCGGGUAGUCAGAUUUAAAGAUGAGCCUCUCGUCGACGAUUCAACGAGAAGUCGACAAGGCUCAGAAAUUGGCGGAUCCGAGAAUGGAGAUCUCAAAGUGUCACUCAAAAAUCGACUCCGAUCGUUGAGCAAUCCGAAUACGCAGAAAAUUUCGUUACCA